AUUAAUGAGCAGUCUCUCCAAAUGAAGACAUCACAACCUCAUUCCUAACACAGAAAGUUAUUUAUUUCAAACACAGUUUCAGUGGGUAAAUAAGGAGGCUCAUUCCUUCAACAGGGGACACAUCCAGGAGAACAAGAUACGCCUGAGUAAAAAACAGCUUCAGCACCAAUUCAAGUAAACUCUUGAGCAACAUCACCACAUCGGAUCCAUCCACUUAACAGGCUAAAAAUGCCACUUUUUGGCUGGAUGAAAUGGCCAAAAUACAAUUCCUACAAACCCACACAGUACCCUGGCUCAGAUGUAGUAACAAAGACUCUGCUUCGAGAAUUAAAAUGGCAUCUAAAGGAGCGAGAGAGAUUAAUACAAGAGAUUGAAAAUGAACAAAAAGUGAAAAAAACAAGUGUGGAUUACAACUGGCUGAGAAACUAUCAGAAUCCACACACAACCAUCCCAGCUACUGAACAAAGACAACUUGAAGUUCUUUGCUCACAAGUUCAGCCUUGUCAAACCGGAACCAUUCUCAGCAGAUUUCGAGAAGUUUUGGCAGAAAAUGAUGUACUGCCAUGGGAAAUAGUCUACAUCUUCAAGCAAGUUCUGAAAGACUUCCUAAGUAGUACUGACAGAGGUGGCGAGCAGCAAGAGGACCUGGAAGAGUCUCGGACCACAGACUGCCUGGCUCGUUCUCCGAUCCCAGGUGAAAGCCCCAAGAGUCCAGACAAAGAGGAAAUACCCACCAUUUCAAGUUACGUAGACAAAAACACAAAGAACAGGUUCCCAACAUUCUCACACACAAUGUGGAACCUACCAUACUAUUACCCAUCAAGUUAAGUUACUUAUAACCAGAGGAAUUUUUAUGACCAUCUUAGUAUCAGAACUCUUCAUAUUAAGAAUAAGAAAAAGUGAUGUGACUUCAUGUUUCUCUUUGUCGCAAGUUCAGAAGUUAGAAUUCUCAUGGAUGUAGCCUAUGUUUUAAACAGUGUUCCUUUUUUAACCACUCUAAAAAUGCAAUGUUUUCAUUGAAGAGUAUGCUUUUAACUAAAAUUUUUUGUAAAUAUUUUGAAAAAAAUGUUUGAAGUAUUUUCUUAUACUUCAAACACAUCUCACAGGAACUAAGGUAUUUUAUUUAAUAUGAAAUUUGACAAAUUCUGUGUGAAAUUUAGACAUUAACCUUGACUUUUAUUCUAAAAGGAAGCUAAUUAUAAAAUAAAACAAAUGAUUAAU